AUGAAGCUCUCUCCUAUCCAGUUUAUUCGCGGGCAGCUCAAACGCGUACCUCCUGUCGUCUACGAUGACUUGAGCGGAAAACAUGUCGUCGUCGUGGGCGCAAACGCUGGCCUCGGCUUCGAGGCUGCCAAGCAUUUCGCACGGAUGAACCCCGCGAAGCUUAUCCUUGCAUGUAGAAGCCAGACGAGAGGCGAGGCGGCACUCCGAAAGCUCGUAGAAGAGACUGGGUCGAAGGUGGCUGAACUGUGGCUCAUCGACCUCGCAGACUUCGCGUCUGUCAAAGCGUUCGUUACCCGCUACAAGCAGGAGGGUGGGAGGCUCGAUCUCCUCGUGGAAAACGCCGCUAUCCUCCCGGCUCAAGGAGGAAAAGUGGAAAUGACCGCCGAUGGGUGGGAGGCUGCAUUUCAGACGAACGAUCUCUCACCCUCGCUUCUCGCCCUUCUCCUACUCCCCAGGAUGCUAGAGACUUCGAAACAACACAAUAGCCUCCCACGGCUCGUCAUCGUGUCGAGCGAGGUGCAUUAUUGGUCACCCCUGGGCUCGCAGCGAAAUCUCCUCGACUCCGAGAACCCAUUGCAGACUUUUGGAAGCGAGGCUUACUGCACACCGAGUAUAAUCCGCACACGCUAUUUCGACACGAAACUCCUAAAUAUACUCUUCACCCGCGCCCUCGCCGACCGACUAUGCAGCCAGUCGAUUAUCAUCGACACGGUCAAUCCAGGAUUCUGCGAGUCAAAUCUUCGGAGAACUAUGAACGGAGUCCAGGCAGUCUUCAGCUGGCUUAUGGACAAGGCGCUCGCGCGUACGACGGAAGAAGGGGCCCGACAGCUCGUCUGGGCUGCCGUGGGUGCGAAGGGGUCUGAAGAUGGCCUUCGGGGAGCGUAUAUCUCUUUGGCUGCCGUCUCCGAGCCCAGCGAUUAUGUGAUCAGCAAGCAAGGUCAUGAGGAUCAGAAUAAAUUAUGGGAUAAUCUGAUCGAUAUCUUGGUUGAAGUUGACCCUCGAGUUCGAGAUAUUGUUGUUAAUCACCUCACCUCAUCGGAUGUUCAUGCCUAA